AUUGAACAAAUUUGCGAUCAAUUUAAAUUUUACCAUCGUCCUUUCUGCGAACCUGUGAAUCCGCAAAACCCACAAACCACCAACAUCUACCUACCGUCGUCAUCUGUUACCGAUGUCAAACCGGAAAAUUCGCUAUUCACAAUCCGCACCAUUUGCAGCUCUACCAUACAUCUGGGCGAGUAUGAUAUCGCCAAAGAAAUCGAUUGUAUACAACAAGAUUGCAACAACAAAGUCGUAAAAUUGGGCUACGAACAGGUGAUCCCACAUCCACAAUACCAGCCCAACAACAAUAACCGUCAUCAUGAUAUUGCGCUCAUACGACUGGCAGAGGACGUGACAUAUUCGGAUUUCAUUAGGCCAGUUUGCUUGCCGUUGGCCAGCACACGUCAGGCCAUCAAUGUGGGCGAAUUGCUUACAGUAGCCGGCUGGGGGCGCACAUUACUCGCACGUCAGAGCAAUGUGAAGCAAGAAUUGGCAGUGCCAGUUGUGGAACAUGAUGCAUGCGCACGUAAAUUUUCAUCAAGAAAUGUCAAUCUGAUUACGUCGCAGCUCUGCGCUGGCGGUGAGUUUUCCAAGGAUAGCUGCGAUGGCGACUCUGGUGGCCCAUUGAUGCGCCAAAGUACCAACAACCGUUGGUACCUGGAGGGUGUUGUGUCUUUUGGCAAUCGUUGCGGUCUGGAGGGAUGGCCGGCGGUAUAUACGCGUGUUGCUGAUUACGUGGAUUGGAUUGAGCAGUCGUUGCGGCCGUAACUGUUGUGCAAUAUUGCUAAAGGUGGGCCCAAAAGUCAGUCAAUAUGCUUACGGUAUGCUGCGCUGAAGCUUGGCAGCAAGUGCUCUGAGCAUUUGUUUUUAUGUAUACAUACAUACAUAUGGUAUAAAUGUAAUUUAAUUUCAUCGGCAUGUUGGCUUGCAUUUAUGUAUAUCUUAUGGAAUUGUCAGUUUGUUAAUAAUAUGAACAUAAAUACUUUUGUAUGCGUAAGUUUUUAAUGGUAAUUAAUAAAAAGUAUA